CCAAAGUGACCAUUUUCUCUCUCUAACUUUGGCCAUCCACCACAUUACUUUCUCUCUCUUCAAAUGGUCCCUACUUUGGAAAACUUUGAACCUUCAUCCCCCUUUUCUGCCUUGGCCUAAUCUCUUCACAAAUUCCACACCCAUAAAAGGCCUUCCACUCUUCAAACCCCAAAUAUUUCAAUCCUCUCUCAAGGUUAUAGCUUGUGUCUUUGUGUUCAUUUUUCACUAAACCCACCCAACCUUACACCCAAAAACAUUCUUUCUCUUUGCAUAGUUUUCUUUGUUAGUUAGUUGAAUUAGGGUUAUGGGAACCCCACAAUCCAACAACUUGCCCCCAGGAUUUAGGUUCCACCCUACAGAUGAAGAGCUCAUUCUUCAUUACCUUAGGAAAAAGGUGGCCUCCAUUCCUUUGCCAGUUUCCAUCAUUGCUGAGGUUGAUAUCUACAAGUGUGAUCCAUGGGAGCUACCAGCUAAGGCUGCGUUUGGGGAGAAAGAGUGGUACUUUUUCAGUCCGAGAGACCGGAAGUACCCAAAUGGAGCUCGGCCAAACAGGGCAGCUGCUUCAGGGUAUUGGAAGGCAACAGGCACUGAUAAGAACAUAGUUGCAUCAUUGGGUGGAGGAGUGAGAGAACAUUUUGGUGUGAAGAAGGCUUUGGUGUUCUACAAAGGAAAACCCCCAAAGGGUGUCAAGACCAAUUGGAUCAUGCAUGAAUAUCGCCUUGUUGACACCAAUAAACCUGUUAGGAUCAAAGACACUUCCAUGAGAUUGGAUGACUGGGUUCUAUGCCGGAUAUACAAGAAGUCGAAACACAGUCUAAGUUCAAUCACAGAGGCAGCACAAACAGUGGAAAUAAAAGAGCAAGAAGAAGCAGAAGAUCAAGAAGAGCAAAUGAAAGAAGGCUUUUCUUUUUCAGCAAUCUCCAACACUGCAACACCUCUUCUCCCUCCUCCACAAGCCACACUCAUAUCUCAAAAAUCUCUAUCCUUCUCCAACCUCUUGGAUGCAACAGACUUUUACAUGCUCAGCACCAUCUUAUCAGAGAACCAUAACUCCAGUAAUUACCCAAACACAACUGAACCAUUGUUCAACUCUGAGAAUCUGGAUCAUGAAACCCAGCAGAAUUUCUACAACAACAACACUGAUAUUAACAAUAGUACCUGUUUCAUUCAGAAGAACCCUUCGGCGAUUGCCCACAUGGAUGAGAACAUGAUGUACCCUCCAAAGAAACACCAUAGUUCCUCUUGCCAUUUUCCUAACACCACCCUCCAAAACCAGAACCCCCAACGGAACUUCAUCUUCAAGCAGCCUCACAUGAAUCACCAGCUACUUCCGGGUCCCCAAUAUCUUCAAUUUCAGUGAUAAAACCAAAACA